AUGGCUGCAGUGGUGCAAGGUUCGAUCCGACAACGCUUUCAUGUGGACUCUCAUAUAACGACAAACAUUUCUGCACCAACGGAGGAGUCGUGCUCCAGUACGAAGCUAAGGAAGUCACCUGGAUCCACUGCGUUAAUUGCUGUUGAUUCGCUGCGACCCCAACCAGUGAAGGAAGAUGACGACAAAAACGAAGCUGAACCUGAUGCAUCGACCACACAGGCGACAUCCGACAUUGAUAAGACCACAGAUAAUGGUGAAGCCGAACCUGAUGCAUCGACCACACAGGCGACAUCCGACAUUGAUAAGACCACAGAUAAUGGUCAUAAUUCAAUCCAAUCAACCGUAAUUAACGAUACCCUUGUACCUGAGGAGCAACUACAAGGAUGCAUUGUGAACUUCCAAAUUGUCGAAUUUGAAGAACGUCCACCCCAAUUCACUUCAGCAUUUGAGACGACAUUAAGUACCGAUACAGCGGAGAUAUGUGCAUAUCGAUGUUAUCAGGACGGCUGUACCGGUGCGAAGUUCGAUCCGAAGUCGAUGAUGUGCUCACUUUCGUAUAACGACAAACCAUUCUGUUCAUCGGAGAAAUUCGUACAAGUAGCUCGACCAGAGGAACCAGUAUUCAUGCAUUGUUUCACUUGCGUUCCGCACAAACCAGGGAGCAAGCUAGGGGCGAGCAUCAAUACAAUAGGGGAGAAAAACGAAGACAUGAAGUCAGAGGUGGUAACAAAAAAUGGCACACAGCCAAGCGAGGCAACUGGGGAGAAGGAGGUUGCAGAAACUUCAACAGGAGCAAGCGAACCGUUUUCCACUACUCUAUCAGAAGGAGAAGGACUUUCUCCUACGACACCUAUACCGACUUCCCACGCAGAUGGAGCAGGCGAAGAGGUAACCACUGAAGGAGUAAGAAAGGAGGAAAAUACAUCUGCUGCAACGACGACGUCACUUCCACAGGAUGAGUCAGUGACCGAAAAAGCUACAGAGGCAACCACAGCGGGCCCUGGGGAGAAAGAGGAAGAGGAGCCUCAUGUAAGCGUCAAAGCAGGUGAGCUUGAAGCAAGCAAGGGUGAUAAAGCAACAACCACAACGUCAUCUCUAGCUCAAUCAGAGACGACGCUAGAAAUGGUCAAAGCCGUAACAGAGUCGGGAGUUUCCGCUUCAAGCACGCCUCCCACCGCGCUUCCACACGGUGCUGAGGAACCUUCCGCAUCUAUGGGACCCAAUGAAUCUGAAAUAACAAUAGAAACCACAACAAUGGAGAGCGAACCUGACAAAAAAGCGACAGCGGUACCUGUUGAUUUUAGCCAUGAAGGAGCAGUAGUGAGCGAAAAAACGCCGACUAUCGCAGCAAGGAUUGAUGAACUCACGAGUAGCAUGACUUCAAAAAGUUCGACAGCCACGUCAGUAACCACAGAAGAAGAAUUCACAAGUACGCCAGCCAGCACGUCCACAUUAAGCGGCAACCUUGCCAACGGCGAGACAGAGAACACGUCCUCCACAAGAACACUGCCUGCAUUUGUAACUGAGACAGAAACGCCAGCGACUGAAAGUCACUUUGAAGAAUCGACUGCAGGAACAGCCGAAGUCGGUAAAGUGGGGCAUUCCGAGACCACCGAAGUGCCAGAGAUGAAAGCAAGUACAGAUGAAGUAACAACUGAGAACGUUCAAAGUGAUUUAACGGGAACGGCUUCAGAAGAAACCACAUCUGGAAUGGUGACUACUCAAUCAGGCUUCACUCCAUUAGUUGUAGGAUUUGACGGUUCUGUUACCACUACAUCCUCCUCCAUUACCUCUGAUGGGUACAGCAGUUCCUCUUCGCCUCCAAUGCCUGUUUCACCUGUAAUGGAAACAAGCGGUGAGGAAAUGCCAGGUGUUACCCAUCCUGAAACGACAUCAACUGGUGCAGUCGAAGGCAGCGGUGAAGAACCAUCGCGUAAAGAUAAAGUGCCUCAAGUCGAAACGAGUAUGGACAAACAUACCACAGCCGCUGAUGAAAGGAGUGCUACAUCACAGCCAGAGUCGUCUACAAAAAUUGUGUCAGAGCUUGGCGACGGUGUUAAAACAAAGGCUAACGGAACAGGAACGGGGGAAGAUGAAGAAGACUCCAUUAUCAAUCCCGCUAUCCUAGAACAUCCACAUGACAGUAAUCUCCCUGCAAAUGUAGGCUUCGUGCCAAGUUCUGAACCGGAUAUGCUUCAUGAAAGUGGAGAACAAGAAGAAGAAGAAAGCGAGAAAGCGGUUUCUCCAAAGGAACCAGACUACGAGGAUACUGUCAAAGCCAAAACGUCCGCUUCAACAGCCGUAACUGAGGAAACUACUACACUCGCCCAUCAGAGCACAACGACAGAACCUCCCAUUCAACUAGUGCAAGAUCUGAUCGAUGCUCUUGCUGGAGGUGGCCUGAAUGCCAUUUUUGGUCCUCCGCGACGAACAUCAGAGGCUGAUGAAGCUGACAAAAAGCUAGGUGAUUUGAAAAAGUAUCUACAUAAGUCGCUGGAACAGAAGCGAGAGUGUGCCGCUACGAGACAAAUGCGAUUCGUGGCCAGUGAACUCACUGAUCUCACUACUCCAUUUGAUGCUGAUACUGUCGUCUAUUCACUUCAACAUUGUGCUAAACUAUGCUUCGAAACCGGCUGUUCGAUGGCCGCUUUCACUCGAUUUCCUCGCCCAAUCUGCCUAUUGCGCUUCAGCGGCGACAUGGAGUGCCGUUCCAAUGGCACACUCACGACAUCAUGGAAUUUCACCCGCAUUCAGGAAGUCGUCAGGCUGGACUGUAUCGAGUGUGGUGUAACUUCAAAGUGUGAAGGACGUAUUGAGUUCCAAACGUUGCCUGUCGGCAGUCUUCCUCCCCUCAACGUCACCAACGAUGUUCCUGCAAGAACGCCUGCAGACUGUGCCAAGAAAUGUUUCGAAUCGAAAGGAUGCUCCCUUGCUGGUUUCAUUGGUAGCCCCUCCGGAAACAUUUCACAUGGUGUUUGCCUUCUGACUUCUGAUGGAAGUGUGUGCGGAAACAAUGCCGACUAUGUUCCCCAACACGCAGCCUUGAAUCCAUUUGUCAUAUCAUGCAUGAAAUGCAGCUCAUGUACGUACAAUAUACGAACCGUGACACCGGAUCGAGUGUUGCCAGACUUUAACCACGUCGAAAGCGUCUCAUCCAUUGGCGAGUGCGCUCGAGCCUGUCACUCGAGACGGUGCACCAUGGCACAAUACAAUAGUCAGCAGCAUACAUGCAUGACGACUUCUGAGCCGCUGGAUUCGAAGUGUGCUCGAGAAACCGCAGUGGUGACCGAAGGUAUUCUGCCGGUUACUCUCGAAUGUGUCAGCUGUGUGGUAUAG